AUGGCAUUAUCAGAUAUUAUUCAAGACUUUGAAAAUUUAUUAGAAAAUGGUGAUCCAUACGACGUUAUAAUUAAAAGUUCUGAUGACCCUUUAAAAGAAUUUAAAGCUCAUUCAACUAUUUUAAGGGCAAGAGCUCCAUAUUUUUCAACAGCUUUGGAUACCAAUAAAAUACAGGAUGGCGUACAUUAUUUUGAAGAAUCAAGUAUUCAUUCAACUGUUUGGCCAGUCAUCUUGAGAUAUUUGUACACAGGACAAUUUGAUUUUAACGAACAACAAUUUUCCGAGUUAAAAAAUCUUUUAGAAGCUGCAGAUCAACUCGGAUUGGAGAAAUUAAUGGAUUCAAUAAAAUUACCUCCCAAAGAAACAAUAAAUGGAAAUGGCACGGUAUAUGAACCAGUUCCCUCGAUGGAAAAGAAAUCUAAUUUAUUGGAUAUAAAUGAACUCUCACCAAUUUUUUCCAGUUGGAUUGAUAAACAAGAAAAAAUCUCAGAUACAUCCAAUUACGAAUUUAAACUUAUUUAUCGAGCAAGUCGGGAUGGAGAUACGUAUGAAUCAUUUCAUGAUCAUUGUGAUGACAAAGGAGCAAAUAUUGUAAUCAUAAAGAAAAAGAAUUCGGAUAGAAUUAUUGGAGGUUACAAUCCAUUGGAUUGGAAUGGUACAGGAUGGAAAUCGACCAUGGAAAGUUUUAUAUUCACAUUAUCAAAUCGGUCUGAUAAGAAUACGGCAAAAAUUGGACGCGUUAUUAAAGAAAAACACGAUAAAGCUAUUUAUUGUUAUAAUAAUGGUGGUCCUUGUUGGGGUAGUAAGGAUGUUCGUUCUGGAUUAGAUUGGAGCGUUUUUCCUGGUAUUAUUUAUGAAGAUAUCGGUUUUAGCAAUUAUUUUGAGGAUGAGGAUUAUGAAGUUUUUCAAGUCAUACCUGCAAAUUAUUGA